AUGUCUCAUCAAACCCUCUACAACCUCGCCAACUACCUUGGUGCUCUCGCUAUGGUCACAGUUGUUGCAUACCACUUCGUUGCUGUAAAUGCGCGACACUUGGCUGGAAAUGGGAGCGCUCAACAAUGGGAUGGGUGUAAAAGCACUGUAGGCAAUUGGUUAGUCUUUAGCUCUGGUAAAUCUGCUUGUAAUUUUGCGACGACCAACCAUUCGACUCUUCCUUACUCGCGCUCAUUCGCUACAGUUGUGUUGCCUCAAUACCUGCCCCUCAGCAAAUGUUCGAUGCAUUGUUCUCAUUUCCAGAAGUCCAGUUACAUAUAUUCGACCCUAUAA